AUGGACCAAGUCAGAAAAUUAACCUCAAGAAUAGGUGCCUUGUCAUUUCAAGAGCCUUCGCCUGCAUCAGCUGUAUCACCGUCGCCAUCUGAGGCAUACGAAUGUGAGCUAUGCACAGACACUUCCGUUGACUCAACACUUUUCCCACCAGUUACGCGCACUUGCAACCAUAAGCCAGGGGUUUGCCAGACUUGCAUCCAAGCAUGGGCUAAAACGGUUAUUGAAAAUCGACAAUGCUUGACGUCGACUUGUCCCAUUUGUCCUGAAGCAAUGAAGGAUACAGAUUUUCAGAAACACUGUCAACCAGAUGUCUUUGAACGGUGAGUACCCAUCUUCUUAUCCUUUUGGGUUUCUUUGAAGCUACUUGAUGAUCAAGAACUGACACAUAUCUAGAUACUCCGACAGAGCUCUCUUAGAACACCUCGCCCAAGAUCCAGAUUUCGUGCAUUGUCCUCUGCCAGAUUGUCCCUCAGGCCAAAUCUAUGACAACACUGGAAUGGUUGAACCUUCGAGAUUCUUUUGUGUGGGGUGCUCAGGUGAGAGCUGUAUCUAUCACCAAGUUCCUUGGCACCAUUGGAAAACCUGCGCUCAAUAUGAUGAGGACCAAGAAGAUGGUGAAGGACACUCCCGCGAGAUCCGACGCUCUGAGAAAUUCCUUCGACAGUCGGACAGACACAGACAAUGCCCUACAUGCAGAGCCUGGAUUCAGAGAAGUGGAGGUUGUGAUCAUAUCACAUGUCGAAAUGGUGAGUAUUCCCUCUUCUGUUCUUUCUACACGACAUGAAGAUAAGCGCACGUUGGAGAUGUGUACUGAUCCUUUGAUAGGAGCUUGUCGUACGGAAUUCUGCUGGGCUUGUGGAGGAGAAUGGCUUUUUGGCCAUACCGAGGACUGCAGAUAUCGCAAUGCAUUUAAUCGACUACCCAGACUACCGCGCCUGAAUCACGACCCCGAAGAAAAUGCGGACGCGAGACGUGCAUUUCUGGAAGUUAAUGCACCACCAAAUGCGAUACGAAAUCCAGAACUGGAUGCUGUCCUGAGAGAUUUGAAUCAACGCCGUGCGGACCGCAGACGAGCCCGAGAAGGGCAAGCAGCAGCAAACGACCAUCAACUUGGACCGAUUGCCGCAGAAACUGCUCAGUGGUGUGCACGUUUGGAAACGGAAAUCUAUGGUAUCGCACUUGAUCCUGCUCAAAAACGACGACAAGAAGCUCGUGAUAGCAUUCAAUUCAAUGUUCUACUCAAUGUGCCCACACGGUUGACACCUCAUACCCCUCGUGUACAGCCCGGACUUCCAGAAUUAGCCGAUCGUCAAAGGAAUGCUUAUCCCCAAGGAUUUACUCCCCUUCUUCAUGGUCCUCUUCAAAGACCUGGCGAGGGGAGAGCUGCAACCGGCUUUCCACCGAACGCAUUACCUAUACGAAGUCGUGCCCUCCAAGAGCUUAAUCAAGCACCCAGGCGUUACCUGUGGGCACUACCUCGUGAGCGACCAGUAAAUGGCGAAGAGGCAAUUCUUCCUGAUGGUCAAAGAAGACGACUUCCUCCUGAUUAUUUAGGAAGACACGUGCCAGAAAUCCUGGAGUCACCUCUUACAGGCGAGACCCCAUAUGGGCGUGAACGCCUAGAAGGAAGACUUGCCGCGGACAGAUUUGAAGAUGAACGGCGUGAGCGACGAGAAAGAAGACUUGCUGCGGACAGAGUUACAGAUGAACAACGUGAGCGGCGGGAAAGAGGUUUCUACCCGCCCUAUAAUACAGGCCCACCCUAUGAUGCUACUCGCCUAGGAGCUGGGGGUAUACGUAUCAUGCGGGAGCAGAUAGGGACUCGUCUGGAUACACCUUACAUUCCCCCGGUUAUCCCGGUUGAGAGAGCUCGCAGAGAACCGUACAAUUGGAUGCAUGCUGUUCGGAGAGCACCUCAUGCUGAGAGAUGA